UGCAUCAUGUCCAUUCGCAACACAUCACUUGUUGAAAUCACCACCUUCUUCUUGGUUGGUAUUCCAGGAUUGGAAUAUGCACACGUCUGGAUCUCUAUCCCCAUCUGCAGCAUGUAUUUUGUUGCUUUUCUGGGAAACUGCACCAUCCUUUUUGUCAUCAAGACAGAGCCCUCCUUGCAUGAGCCCAUGUACUAUUUCCUUUCCAUGUUGGCCCUGUCUGACUUAGGUUUGUCCUUAUCCUCCCUUCCCACUGUAUUGAGGAUCUUCUUAUUCAAUGCUCCUGAAAUUUUUGCCAGCGCCUGCUUUGCCCAGGAAUUCUUCAUCCAUGUGUUCACAGGAUUGGAAUCCUCAGUGCUCCUGAUCAUGUCGUUUGACCGCUUCCUGGCCAUCCAUAAUCCUCUGAGAUACAACUCCAUUCUUACUACUGUCAAAGUUGUCCAAAUAGGAAUAGUAAUCUUUGUUAGGAGUUUCCUCUUGGUUCUUCCCUUCCCCCUCACUUUGAGAACAUUGAAAUAUUGUAACAAAAGCCAAUUAUCCCAUUCUUACUGUCUUCACCAGGAUGUCAUGAAGUUGGCCUGCUCUGAUAACAGAAUUAAUGUCAUCUAUGGCUUCUUUGCAGCACUCUGCAUUAUGUUAGACUUUAUGCUGAUUGUUAUGUCUUACAUCCUGAUUCUCAAGGCUGUGCUGGGAAUUGCAUCCCAAAAGGAGCAGCUCAAGGCCCUCAAUACUUGUGUUUCACACAUCUGUGCAGUGAUCAUCUUCUAUCUGCCCAUCAUCAACCUUGCCAUUGUCCAUCGCUUUGCCCAGCAUGUCUCUCCUCUCUUCAAUGUUCUCAUGGCAAAUGUUCUCUUACUUGUGCCUCCAGUGAUGAACCCUAUUGUGUACUGUGUAAAAACUAGACAAAUUAGAGUAAGAGUUGUAGCAAAAUUAUGUCAGACGCAGAUUUAAC